CCGCGCGCGCUCCGCCCGCCUACCGAGUACCGAGUACCGCGCGUACUACGCGGCCGGUAAACAUAGUGUGAUAGUGAAAUAGGAUGCACUGACUUGACAGGUACGUGUGUUGCGGUGAUAAGAAAAAUCAAAUAUCCUCAACAGUCGCAGCCGAAAAAACGAAACCAUGGACGAAGCUCUCCGCAUAAUAAGAAAAUACAGUAAAAAACUUGUCGAAGAGAUAGUUCGGUGAGGAAGCAUGGAAGGCGCGGAAGAUGAGGCGCAGGAGUGGGACAUGUACCGGCGCUGGUACAACGGCACCAACGGCACCAACGCCAGUGACGCCACGGAGCUGUGGGUCAACACCACCAACGCCACAUGGGAGCCCACCGACACCACCUCCGCGCUCUUCCGCGCCGCGGCUAAAGCGGUCGUGCUGGGCCUCCUGAUACUAGCCACGGUAGUAGGUAACGUGUUCGUGAUAGCAGCAAUACUCCUCGAGCGGCACCUCCGCAGCGCCGCCAACCAGCUGAUCCUGUCGCUGGCGGUGGCGGACCUUCUGGUGGCCUGCCUGGUGAUGCCGCUGGGGGCGGUGUACGAGAUAGCUCAGCGCUGGACGCUGGGCCCCGAGCUGUGCGACAUGUGGACGUCGGGCGACGUGCUGUGCUGCACCGCCUCUAUACUGCACCUCGUCGCGAUCGCAUUAGACAGGUACUGGGCUGUGACGAACAUCGACUACAUCCACGCGCGCACGGCACGGCGCGUGGGCUACAUGAUCGGCUGCGUGUGGACCGCCAGCUUCCUCGUGUGCAUCGCGCCGCUGCUGGGCUGGAAGGACCCCGACUGGCACCGCCGCGUGGCCGAGGACUUGCGCUGCGUCGUCAGCCAGGACGUCGGCUACCAGAUCUUCGCCACCAUGUCCUCCUUCUACGUGCCCGUCCUCGUCGUCCUCAUCCUGUACUGGCGGAUAUACCAGACCGCCCGCAAGCGGAUCCGGCGACGACCCGGCACGAACGCGCGCGGCCCGCCGCCGGUGCCGUCGGGCGGCGCGCUCGUCGCGGCCGGCGGCAGCGGCAACAUCGCUGCCGCCGUCGUCGCCGUCAUCGGCCGCCCGCUGCCGACCAUCUCCGAGGUGACCACGACCACGACCGGCGUGACCACCGUCUCGUCGAACAACACGAGCCCCGAGAAGCAGUCGUGCGCGAACGGGCUCGAGGCGGACCCGCCGACGACGGGGUACGGCGCGGUGGCCGCCGCCUACUACCCCACGCUCGUGCGCCGCAAGCCCAAGGAGGCCGCCGACUCCAAGAGGGAGCGGAAGGCGGCGAAGACUCUAGCAAUAAUAACCGGCGCGUUCGUCGCGUGCUGGCUUCCGUUCUUCGUGCUGGCGAUCCUCGUGCCGACGUGCAACUGCGAGGUGAGCCCGGUGCUGACGUCGCUGACGCUGUGGCUGGGCUACUUCAACUCGACGCUGAACCCGGUCAUCUACACGGUGUUCAGCCCGGAGUUCCGGCACGCGUUCCAGCGGCUGCUGUGCGGGCGCCGCGUGCGCCGCCGCCGCCCGCCCCCCUAGCCGCCCCGCCCACCACCCGACUGACCUCGUUAGCGCGAUGACUGUUGUGUUACCUUGUUACAUUUUCAGAGAUAUAUUUACACCCCCUUAUUUUUUGUACGUGACGAGUGCGAGAGUAUAUCUAUCUAGAGCGACCUGUCCUCUUUAUACAUAGUAUUAUUAUUUUAGUCGGCGUAAUGAGAUUUUUAAGAUUAAUAAAAACUUAGAUACAAUAUUUCUUACUGUGAUCAUUGAUUGUAGUCAUGAGUAACUUUAGCCAAUAUUUUAGCUCUAAACUAAUAUCAUAACUACUUAUG